CGAGCAGGUGUGAGUGGUGACGUCAGUGGCCCAGCUUUCGUUAAAGCCGCGACGUGGGCAGCAGAGGGUGUUAGUGCAUCUGCCCACGUCGCUUUCAGAUAUCCUCUCGCGUACCGACUCGACCGCGCGUCUUCCUCUGCCAGGAUGAGCGACCUCCAUGCAGCCACCCUGAAGCUCCUGUCCACCUUCAAUGAGCUCACCAGCGACAACGCGGUUAAAGAUUGUCUGAAGAAGGAGAAGUUCAGGAGCUUCCUGAACGGGGAUAAGGGCAAGAGUCUGAUCCAGAAUCCCGUGGAUGGGUUCGUGGUGAGCCGCAUCCUGAGGGACCUUGGUGAUGACAAAGAUGGGGAAGUCGACUUCCUCGAGUUCGUGAUCACGAUCGCGGCCUUGAAAUUCUGCUGCCACCCCAACUUCCGAGCGCACCACGAGCGGAAUGGCAGGACCCACGCGCUGUGCGCAUUCAAAGUCUAACGCGUCUCGUGCAUGAUACGGAUGCUGUGAAAUAAACAUUGUGAUUGCAUCAACGUGGCGUGCUCGUGACUUGGUACUUUGGGUAUGGCAACUACCACGGUGGUCUCGCUGCACUACAUUAGCAAUGGGGUUGAUCUAGU